AUGGCUGUGGUUCUUUCUUCUGAGGAUAACGAUAUGUUCUCUUCCUCGGCUCUAAGGAGAUCUCACUCUCAAUCGAAAUUCAUGUCGAAACCGAACCAAAGCUUUCACACCUCAAACUCGACAUCCAAGAUCAACGAACCGUUCGACGAUUCCUACCGCGAAGCUUACCAUCGCCACACUACCCAUAUCGUACCCAAUUCCAGCCCGUCCUCCGCCCCUUCAUCUCCUCGUACGCUUCAGCCCGAAUCCAUCGAUCCAUCAUAUUCUUCUACACCAGCUACCAAUUUAUCCCUAGACGGACAAUGCGAAGACGAUAUUCAUAUUCACCCUGAAGACAUCUUCGUACCAGAGUUCGAUCACAAUCCAUAUUUUGGACCGAUCGAAGAUUUAGAACCUCCCCCGAGUCCCCGAACCGGCGAUUCGUAUACCGUAUCACCAACUGAUCCUGAUACAUCCGUAACAACAUCGCGCCCCGGAUCACCGGACGCACUAGACCGCGCCGAAGAUGAUACGGCUAUUGAGCAUCCUCCUACUCAACAUGUUGACUACUUGUCACACGACUGGAGAGAAGAGGACAUUUGGUCUUCUUGGCGAUAUAUAGUCUCCAAGAGAAGUGAAUAUAGCAACGGACCACGACUUGAGAACGCAUCCUGGAGAACCUGGAUGAAAGCUAAGUACAAGUUAAAAACGGUUACCCCAGAGACCCUUAAUUGGCUUAAGGACUGCGAUGUGACUUGGUUAUAUGGGCCUCUGCAGACUCGACAGGGGGAAUUAUUCUCCAACGACGCCGAACUUGGGAGCUCAUCACUAUCGCGGUGUAACUCGUUCGUCACCAAGAAGCCCAUUCUCAAAAAGAGGAGCAUGUCUGAGAUCAUGCUUCAGCGAUCUCUCUCCUCUUCGUCUCUGUUGAAACAAGCCACGGCUGCAGUCCAGGCUCAACAGAAAGACAGUGGUGUUCGUAUCGCUCGACCGAUAUUACAUCGAGCCACAACAGAUUAUGUUACUUUUCCAUUCUCCUCUCGAAGGAAGAGUCGGCAUAACACGAGUAUUCUACCUUCUACGGCCACCUCUGGUCUUGUUUCACCUUCCUCGGAACGAAAGCAUAUUCACUUUAACGAGCAGGUAGAACAAUGCAUCGCAGUUGACGUUAAGGGGGAUGACGAAGAAGAAGAAGUAGAUCAUUGUCGUUGGAGAUUUGACGACAGCGACUCCGACGACGGCGCAAUAAUGAUGAAGAGAACCAAGACGACAAAGAAACCUGUUAUUCCACGCAGAAGAUCUCCUAUAAAUACGCCUAACGAGAGCAAAACUAUUGCUAUGUUACCUUCAACGACCCUGAAGUACAGGGAAGAUUCCCCCAACCCAGAAACUGCGAUAAAGCACAGCACUAGCAGCCUAAGGAGCCCACUCCUGUCACCCUCUUCCUCGCAAGAGACGCUGAGGCCUUCCAAAGCCUCAGGCCCAUUCUAUGUGGGUGACGAUGAUGGAAAUGAACUAGACGAGGAAACUAAUACGACUCCAAUGUCUAGCCCUAUUGAAGCGACAUCACCCUUCAAACAGCCUAAUUCCCAGCGUUCGACACCCACUAGUACUCUUACUUCCGAGCCGGCUGGCAUGCGCCGGACGGCGAGUGGCAUGUUCAUGCCAUUCGAUGACGGUGAUGUUCAGCCUAAUGAUGGCAUCAUUGGCAGGGUAAUAGAUACGGUCAAUACCGCCCGUGAUAUUGCUCAUGUCAUAUGGAAUGUUGGUUGGAGGAGAUGAAACCCGGCGAACUUGUUCAUAUAAUCCCGCCACCAAAAGAUAUUUCGACGAAUCCGGGAUGGUAAUAGGUUGAUAAAAAUGCUUAUCCUAGGAAUUCUCCUUGGUCGCUUGGGAUGGUCGAUCUGACGAAAUCUCGGCUGACCGACGUAUCAUACGAAAUUCACUUCACCUUUACUGUAUAGCAUCCGGUAUCUAUCAGAAUUGCGAAUAAACGCACUAAUAUCUUUUUUUCGGGCAAAUUACUUUCAUAUCAAAGAACUAGGGUCUUUGGGGUUGGAGCAUGGAAGAUAAUAACAUUAA